AUGAGCAAUCAAGGUCCACUGUCAACUGGAGGCUGUACAUCCGAGCAGUUUGCGGAAGUCGUGAAGGCGUUGGAUGGUGAUUCCGCCGCCGCGACCGCGCUUUGUCAAGUAUUCGCUACCAGUAACCGAACCGAGGAGAUUGCCUUCGGCUUGAACACCGUGUUCAUGGUGCUGAGUGGGGCUCUGGUAUUUAUCAUGGCGAGCUUUGCAAUGCUGGAGGCUGGGGCGAUCCGAAGCAAAAACGCGAUGAAUAUCCUGUUACAAACAGUUUUGGACGGCGCCGCCAGCGCAAUCAUGUGGUAUCUUGUUGGUUUUGGAUUUGCGUACGGCAUCGGGGACCGGCCAAACGGAUUUAUCGGAGAUGCGCUGUUCGGUUUGGCUCGGUAUAAAUCCCACGAGACGGUUACGGAUGUACGGGGCGAUUGGACGAGCUGGUUUUUCCAAUGGGCCUUUUGCGCUACAGCCGCCACGAUCCCCGCCGGGGCGGUGGCCGAGCGCUUCAACUUCAACGCCUACCUGGGCUACUCACUCUUUCUGGGCGGUUUCGUCUAUCCGGUUGUCGUACACUGGGUAUGGUGCCGUACCGGCUGGCUAGGGUACGGCACCGACGCCCCCCUUUUGGGAGCGGGCAUGAUUGACUUUGCGGGCAGCGGUGUCGUACACAUGACGGGGGGCCUGGCGGGGCUGAUCGGCGCCACGAUGGUGGGUCCAAGGAUGGGUCGCUUCGACUCCAACGGUCAACCGGUUCACAUGCCAGGCCACUCGGCCAUCCUCGUCGUACUAGGUACCGUACUUCUGUGGUUUGGCUGGUACGGCUUCAACCCAGGCAGCGCGCUCGUGGCAGACAACGCCAACGUGGCUAGUGUGGCUGGUCGGGCCGCUGUCACCACGACAUUGUCCGGGGCCGCGGGGGGCCUUACCUGCCUGGUGAUCGCGGUGUGGCGGGGUCGGUCUUGGGAUUUGACGUACCUUUGCAACGGAAUGUUGGUUGGGUUCGUAUCCAUCACUGCGGGUUGCUCAGUCCUGGAGCCCUGGGCCGCGCUGUUGUGCGGGGGUGUGGCGGCUGUGCUCUUUGAGGCCGCAUGCGAGGGGUUAUUGAAACUGCGAAUCGAUGACGUUGUGUCGGCGGGCCCUAUGCACGGCGUGUGUGGCGCGUGGGGUGUAUUGAUCGUGGGCUUGCUAGCGAAGAAGGAGUACGUCGAGCAAACCUUCGACAGGGACAUCUACCCCCAUGGUCUAUUUUACGGCGGUGGCGGCAAGCUGCUGGCGUCACAGGUGAUUGGCAUACUGGCAAUUGCCGGCUGGGUGUUUGGAACCAUGGGUCCGUUCUUCGCGGCGUUCAGGGCCGUCGGCUCUCUGAGGAUUAGCGCCGAAGACGAAACUUUGGGGCUUGACGCUUCUAAGCAUGGGGUAAGGAAUCUGGGUAGGGCAGGAGUACGGAAGGCGAUGCCGUCGUGUCGUACUCUGGAUCCACUGAAUUGCGUUGUGUCUCACAUAUCGUGUCGAGUUGAGUCGGCCGCUUCAUUUCCCAUCACUCCCUCGUCAUGUACGACAUGA